UGUCUACGUCUUUCAUCGCUUUAUAAGCGGGAGCGCGACGAAGGUUGGUGUUCAGAUCAUUCGCUUGCUCGUCGCUUGCAGAAGAAGGCGCAUCAAGUAUUUAAAAAGACUUGGAUUUUGCUAAAGAUCUGGAUUUAAAUUUCGAUCAAGUUUGAAAGCAAUUAUGGAUUCUAAACAAGUGGAUAUUCAACAACCCAUCGGGAAGCAGCCCGACCCCAAGGAAGCUAAACAGUUCACAACUGUUACCCACGUCGAGGGUGAAGCUGAACCGGCGGUUGAGACUGAGAACAAACCCUCAUUCCUCGAGAGUGUUCUUGGUACAGUAAAGCCAAGUUCAACUGAAAGCAAACCAGAAAUAACCCAUGAAGAUAUUCAGAAAGCUGAUGCUAAAGUUGGAGAAUCGGCUCGUGGCUUGCUGGGCACUAUUCGCGACACUUACACCCAGAAGAAACACGACUUGAUGGAAACUGCUGCCGGAGCCAAGGAGUCUGUUGAGAGCACCGUAAGCGAAAGUCUCCACAGUCUAUCGGAAACCGCAGCACAUGCACAGGAAUAUGUUAUGGACACACUUUCAGGUGGCAAACAAGCUGUCGUGGACACAGUGACUGGUGCCAAAGAUACGUCCGUAAAUGCUGCAACGGGUGCCAAAGACUACGUUAAGGAUACACUUACGGGUGCGAAGGAUACAACUUAUGAUGCGGCUUCUAAAACCGGAGAGAAGUUGGAAAGUGCGCGCUCCAAAAUUGCCGAAAAAGGACAUGACGCCAAAGAGUACGUCAAAGAAUCGGCUAAAGGAGCUACAGAUUCUCUUAAGCAAUCGGUUGCAGGGGCUAAGGAUACGAUCAAGGAGAAGGCUGAAGGAGCCAAAGAAUCCGCUGUAGGAGCUAAAGAUUCGCUAAAAGAAUCGGCCGAAGGAGCCAAGGAUACGAUCAAGGAAAAGGCUGAAGGAGGCAAACAAUCGGCUGAAGGAGCGAAGGAAUCUGCCAAAGAGACUGGUUCCAACGUAGCAGAAAGAGGCCGAGAGGGUGUAGAGUCAAUGAAGGAGUCUUCCGAGAAACCCGAAGGACAUCACGAAAGCAGAGGUAUUUUGGGAACACUCCGUGACAUGCUAACACCCGAAUUCGCUGAAACGCCAAAGGCUCCCGAAGGGACGAAAUCCAACGCAGACAUCGCCAAGGAAACCAAGGAAUCGGUAAAAGAAGACGCUACUGGCAUUAAAGAUACAGUGAUGGGAAAAGGGCGUGACGCUAAGGAGGCAUUGAAAGAAAAGGCCACGGACGUUAAGGAAUCACUGCAAGAGACGGGCUCUAAUAUAUCGAAGAAAGGGAAAGAUGUCAAAGAAGGAUUCCAAAAUCUAGGCGAGAGGGCAGAAGAAAAACUGGAAGGCGCUCGAUCUAAUAUCGCGGAAAAGAAACAAGAAAAAGAAGCGGAGUUGAAGGAAGCGGAGUCUGAGGCACCUAAGAAAGGCAAAGGCUUUGUGGAGUCCAUUCGUGAUUGGGUACGACCUGCCACAGAGAAAACUCAAGAUGUGGGCCAUUCGAUGAAAGAAGCCGCUUCUGAAACCGGUCAUGAUGUCAAGGAGUCAUCGAAAAAAGCGGGUUCCAAAAUUGCCGACAAAGGACAUGAAGUGAAAGAGUCGGCGAAAGAGACUGCUACCGGAGCUAAGGAAAAGUUAGAAGAUACCGGCUCGAGAAUUGCUGAGAAAGGACGUGACACGGCUGAAUCGGCCAAGGACGUUGCUUCUAGAGGAGUAGAAUCGGCUAAAGAAACAGGCUCCAAAGUCGCUGAUAAAGGACACGAAGCAAAAGAAAAGGUGAAAGAUGUUGCAUCUAAAGGAGUAGACUCGGCCAAAGAAACCGCUUCCAAAGUCGCUGACAAAGGACGUGAUGUUAAAGAGUCGAUGAAAGACACUGCUUCAGAAGCUAAAGACUAUGCAAAGGAUACUGGAUCAAGCUUGGCGGACAAAGGGCGUGGUGCGGUUGAAUCGGCAAAAAACUUGGCUUCAAAAGGGGUGGAUACCGCCAAAGGAGCCGCCUCUAAAGUAGCUGAUAAAGGGCAUGAUGCCAAGGAAUAUGUUAAAGACGUCGGUUCAAAAAUCGCCGACAAAGGACAUGACGUUAAAGAGUCGGUGAAGGACUCAGCUUCCCGAGCUAAAGACUACGUCAAAGACACUGGCUCAAGCAUGGCGGAGAAAGGACGUGGUGAGUUAAUUUUGAAAAAUAAGUGUAGGGAGACAAAUUUAGUUAUCUGUGUGCAAUUUCAUCAUGCAGAGACUGCCGAUUCGGCUAUGGAUAUGGCGUCUAGAGGAGUAGAUUCCGCCAAGGAAGCUGGUUCGAAGGCUGUCGAUAAAGGACACGAGAUGAAAGAAUCUGCCAAAGAUAUGGCGUCUAGAGGAGUAGACUCGGCUAAGGAAGCUGGUUCGAAAGCUGCUGAUAAAGGAUACGAGAUGAAAGAAUCUGCCAAAGAUAUGGCGUCUAGAGGAGUAGACUCGGCUAAGGAAGCUGGUUCGAAAGCUGCUGAUAAAGGACACGAGAUGAAAGAAUCUGCCAAAGAUAUGGCGUCUAAAGGAGUAGAUUCGGCCAAAAAAGCUGGUUCGAAGGCUGCUGAUAAAGGACACGAAAUGAAAGAAUCAGCUAAGCAAAAAGGCCAUGAGGUAGCUCAUAAAGGCCAUGAGAUCAAAGAAUCGGUAAAAGAAGGAGGUUCGAAGAUUGCUGAAAAAGGCCAUGAAGGAAAGGAUUAUGCCUCAGCAGCCAAAGACACGAGUGGAGAAAAAGGUCGAGAGGAGGGAAAAUCGACUACCAACAUUCAAGGAAUCAAAGAAUUUCCCAAGGAAACCGGCAAUAAGGAGGACACAUGGAGUAGUGAAGGUGGAAAACAAUCUGAAACGAUGAUUAAAAGCGGGAAAAUUGAUGAGAUUCCGGUUCGAGAGCAUCGCGAAAUUUGGCAGGAGCCUGAGCAUGGCAAAUUGACAACCGAUACUAUUCGUGAUACACACACCUCAAGGAACGAGUGAGUUCGGGAGGCCGAGACAAACACAGUUUAAGAAGAAUAUACAGAACUCUACAAUCUACAUUACAUUUUUUUCUCCCACCAAACUCUCCAUUAAACCUUCCUCUCUACAACUCACUAUGGAUUUAAUUUUUCAAGUAAUAUGUCGAACACAGAAACAUGUUUACCCAACUGGCAGUGUGGCAGGGCAGUAUUGUUAUUAGCUCAGCUCACAGAAUUUUCUUUUUAACUCUCUAUGGACAAUUUGUUCAAAUAAUAUGGCGAAUACAAUCAAAAGUUUAACCAACUGGCAGUGUGGCAAGGUAGUAUUGUUAUUAGUUCACAGAUCACUCAUCUUCAUAGUUCAUCAUCAUAGUGCACUCAUCUUAACACGCAAUCAAAAAAUACUUUGUGAAUUCUAGUUGCGGCAGACUACUGCAAUCAUACUACAGCAUACAGUGUGUGAGUGUGGUUGUUUUCAUUCUUGCACGUAUUUCAUAUUUGUGCAGGCUAUAUUUUCUACCACAUCUACAAUAUAUAAAUCGAAAGUUCGAAUCUUCAAUAAAGCUCCGGAGUCCGGACGGACUCGCGCGGCCCUCGCCAUCAUUCCUGCCGAAUAGCUGACAACGCUGUACAUCAUCAAGCUUGUUUAUUCUUUGUAGGCUGGCAGAAGAGAGCACCUGUGUUGCGUCUUCUUGUUUUGGACAUCCUUUGUUGACAGUCAUCAUUAAGUGUUUUCGGUGCCGGUGAAGUGAUUAAGGGAAGGUUGUGGCCUUGUGUAAGGGAAGAUUCUGCUUGGACGACAUCUCAUGUUCCAUUUUUAUUUAGCGUCCCUUGCUGCCUUGCUUUAAAAAGUCCCAAGGCAUCAUGGUCGAUGGUGUACUGUAUAGAAACGAAAUUUUACUUGCCUAACUUUAAACGAAACUGUGAAAAGUCAUUCGAUUGUGAAUGGCACUAUGGCAGUUGUUGUGUAACUCUUAUGAUAUAGUUACAUUGUGCAUUUAUACGUACGUGAAAACGGCCCCCUUGAACCGCUUUUGAUUCCGAUGGAUAUAGUUGUCACAGGUCAGUGUCAUUGGAUGCGGUGACAAGAUUUGAGCGUGCCCUUAGUCAAGUUACCGAGUCUGCUCAACUCUCCGUCCCUAGCUAGCGAAGGUUUCUGGAGGAAUUACUCAGAACUGAUUCUCUUGAAUCAGCAGACUCUGAGAGUUUAUAGCGCCGUCAAGAAGCUGUGUUGUGUGUGUUGAUCGUCUCCAUCACCAUGCACGCGAUAAUCAAGACCAGCAACGCCUUGAUCAAGAAGAAGAAAAGAACGGAGAAGCAAAGAACGACGAUUUAAAUAGCGGGUUUUCCACAUUGGUACGCUGUAUGACGUCGAGCAUUGCCAAAAUGGAAGUGCUCUUUGAAGACCUGAACGUCUAAAUCUUCUUCAGUCAGAUGAAGCCAACGGAUUCGGAAAUCGCCGAAGAAGCAGAGGCCAUCACAGCUGGAAAAAAAAACGUGAGUCAAACUCCUGUGAGAAAUAGAUGUCAACUGGUGAAAAUAAAUAAGAAGGUGAUAUGGAA